ACCUAGUGAAGAGAUAAAAACGAAUGGUAACUUCAGCUAUACUACUAUUACAACAACUAUUACUAUUAUUCUUCGUGUAUUUACCAGAAUAAAAACUCAAGCAAUCCAGCACAAAAGACAUUGAAUCCUAUUUUAAAAUAUGCUUUCUUGUAAUAUUAUGAAUAACAGAGUAUUGAUCUUAUUUUUAAGUCUCUCUGUAACUAUCCUGUCCGUGAGUGGUUUCAGAAUGAAACUACCUAGCUGGAAUGAUGUCUACGGUUAUGAAGCUAUAUGGAAUUCUCCAAUUAAAAAUGAAGAAAAAGUGAAUAAUCAUAAUACUAAAGAAAAUUUCAGUAAUACAUCUAAUAAAAUUUUCAAAAAACAAAAGUUAACAAACUCAAAAAAUCAUGGUUUCGCUGAAAAUUUAAUGCUUAUCGAUGGUGUAGCUAAAAAUGAAGGGACUGUGCUAAUUAAUCGACACGGUAAAUGGGGCACAAUAUGUGAUGACAAUUGGACACUGAAAGAGGCAAAUGUUGUAUGCCGUAUGCUGGGUUAUCCGCAUGCCCUACAAGCUACAACAAGAGAUUAUUUCUUUUCAAAUAGUGAAUAUGAUUAUUUAAUGGAUGAUGUUUAUUGUAAAGGGAGUGAGUCACAUUUGAAUGCAUGUGUUUAUUGGACGGAACAUGAUUGUUUAAAGCGUGAAGAGGCUGGUGUUAUCUGUCUUAACCCUGAACCGAUAAAAUGGCAAUACAAUGUUAGAAAUCCACUAAUUGAAAAGUUAUCCCCUACUGAAGUGAAAAAAAUGCGAAAGCAAAUAUUUUGGAGUGAGGUAGAAAAACUAAACACUAACGGUCUUCAUAAGAUCAAAGUUCGUGUCCCGCAUGGUGGUAAUCGUCAGGUGCUUACUAGUUCUAUAUGUAUUGAUAAUUUUCGUGGAGCAGAAGCAAAUGUAGCCUGUCGAAGUGCUAAUUAUCCAUUCGCUGCAUCAUUUUCAUCGGUACCAUUGAAAAACAUGAAUUUGACUAAACUUUAUCCACUUGUACGCAUUGGACAUUGUUUUGGAAAUGAGUCAAGGUUAGAAGAUUGUAUCACUUUUACGGAUCCGAAUGGUGUACCAUGUUCAAAUAAAAGUUUAGGAAUUGUGGUCAACUGUACAACAGUCUUAGCGGAUUUAGAACCAGAUGUACAAGCUUUAGAAGCUUCAGCCUACAGUAGUAUGAUUCCAUUAUUUCAAGCACAAUGUGCCUUAGAAGAGAACUGCUUCCCACCGAGUGUGUACAACUUAAUAAAUAGAAAUCGACAUUUAGCUUUAAUGCAUAUGCGUCGAUUAUUGCGUUUCUCAUCAAUUAUACACAAUGUUGGUACAGAUGUAUUUCGUCCACAUGAACCACCUGAACGUUGGAUAUGGCAUGCAUGUCAUAUGCAUUAUCAUAGUAUGAAAGUAUUUUCCUAUUACAAGGUAAUCAAUGCUAAACAACAACUUAUGGCUGUUGGUCAUAAAGCAAGCUUUUGCCUAGAAGAUAAUGCCUGUAAAACAGGUUAUAAAAAGCAUUUUGUUUGUUCAACAACAGUGAUGACACGUGGUGAUCAAGGUAUCAGUCCUGGCUGUCAAGAUAAUUACUUUCAUGAUUAUGAUUGUCAAUGGUUAGAUAUUACAGAUUUAAUUCCUGGUGAAUAUACAUUUCAACUGAUUUUAAAUCCAGACUUUUUAGUACCUGAAAUCAGCUAUGCUAAUAAUGCUAUUGAAUGUCGUCUAUCUGUAGGCCAUUCACAUCAUCGUUAUGCUGUAUUAUCUAAAUGUCAUUUAUUGCAUCCAUAUGACUUAUAGAGACAUCAAAACACACACCUAAACACACACACACACAUGCAAGUGCAACUUUAUACAACAAACGGACAAAUAAACACGUUAAUUGUGCAUACUACUUAUUUCAUCAUUUCAAAAGAACAAAAAAGACAGUAUGUUGAAUUAUGACGCACAAUAUUAACUCACAUUUAGAUACCUUUUAUGUUAUAUAAAUAUACAGUUGAGGUGAUUUAAUAUUUAAAAAUUUACAAGAAAAUGAAAUAUGGUCAUAUUAAAUUAUCAUUAUUACUAUUAUUAAUAUAUAUAACUGAACUUCGAAAAAAGAGUAGAGCAACCAAAAAAGAAACAAUAAAUAUUAUCAGUUUUAAUGACUUCUGAACUAUUCGAUCUCCACAUCAUUAACUUUACGUUCUUUAUUAGAAAGCCAUUGGUACAGUGUACUCAUUUCGAAGGCAGGUAUUUCUUCACUAUUUUUCUUCGUAUUGAUCAUAAAGCCUCAUUGAUCAACCACUUCUAUACACUGUCAUAUUUGAUAGUUGAUUGAUUUUAUGCAAUAUGACGGUGAUUCAAGAUGGAAAGUAAAAAACUCUGAACCCAAAAGCCACCGGACUACUGGCUUCAGGCUCUAGAUAACGACUGUAAUCAUUGGUUGGCUAGCUAGUUAUGUUAUUAUUCCCGUCGGUUCCUAGUGGAACAUAGGGAUUCAACGGAACAUCCCCAUUCCAUCCUGUUCUCUGAAGUCUGCCGUCUUAGCCAACUCCACCAUUGCCUAUAGGCUUAUAUUUCUUCCUCAAACGAUCUCCUCCAUGACACCCUAAGACACACGCCCAAAACGUCGUUUCGAAUAUUCGGGUUCUAAUCGAUGGUAUGGCGUGUGCAGUGGUUAUGAAAAGGCAUUUACUUAUUAUUCCAUUGCAUAAUAUUCGGAUGUUUCAUUUCGUAGAAAUCUAAUUGAUUUCAAGAGAGACCUCGGUAAAUUUAUAAAAACACAAAACCACUAUUGACUGGUAGUUGAACUCGAGGUGGAUUUAGUGA